GCGCAGAAGUGUUUUUCAAAGAGGGGGCCAUUACUACAAAUGAAUCACAGACGAGAUUCACUUGAUGCCUUUCUUAUUCCAAGCCUCCAGCAUCACUCCAGUCAGAUUAGUUCAGUAACAAGAUUAAAUUGUCCAUUUCCGGCCAUGCAGUCAACGGCUCCUGAUAGCUGUCCAAUCAUAAUGGAACAGAGUUGAUAGUCAUGCGGCUAGUUUUGAUUCUGACGCUUCUCAGUGCACAUCCAGCAUUUGGUUUCCUUCAAGAGAAAAGUGUGACGUGUCCAACAUCCCCUGAAAGCAUAUCCAAUGACAGCGUCAUAGCGUUGAUUUUGGCACGAGGCGGUUCCCGUGGCAUUCCGCUGAAAAAUCUAGCCAAACUCGACGAUCGUCAAACGCUGUUGAGUCGAGCGCUUCACACCGCACUCUCCACCGAUGGAUUUCACUCGGUGUGGGUUUCAACCGAAGAUGAUCGGAUUGCCCAAGCGGUAGAACGUGACUUCCCGCACGAUCUCGUGAGAGUUCACCUGCGUCCGCCGGAGGUAGCCCAAGACCACACCAGUUCCAUCGAAUCGGUCCGGGAGUUUUUGGAUCAUCAUCCACGGGUGCAGAAUGUGGCGCUGGUUCAGUGCACUUCGCCAUUUUUGGGGGUGAGGUAUUUGGACGAAGCAUUGCAGCGGUUCCAGUCACUGAGAGUGGAUUGCGUAUUCAGCGUUACGAGAAGUUUUAAGCUAAGGUGGCGGAAGGAGAAGGAUGGAAGGGUUAAUGCGCUGAAUUUUGACCCUAGAAAACGUCCCAGGCGUCAAGAUUGGGACGGAGAGCUUGUUGAGGCGGGGAUGUUCUACUUUGCAAGGAGAAAGUUGCUUCUAGAGGGUCGCUUUCAGAACAACAACUGCGAGGUGGUUGUGAUUGACGAAAGAGAUUCAUUGGAGAUCGAUUCGUUGUACGAUCUGGAGUUAGCAAGGAAGAUCAUUGGAUCCACAGUAGAAUAAAUAGCUAUUAUGCUUCAGAAUCACAAAA